GAAAGAGGCGCGGCGCCCGCGCGGGCCAUGGAGGCGUCUCUGGCCCGCGCCGGCCGCCCGAGCUGCGCUCCGCGCCGCCGCCGCCGCCGCCGCGCCUCGAAGUUUGCCGGCUGACUCGGAAAGUUGCGCUCGGGCUCUGCUGCCGCGCGGCGUCCAACCUCCCGGCCUGCCCAGUUCGCCGCCGCAGCCGCCCUCCGCGGGGCCCGGACCCCGUCUACACCCGCAGCCCCGCCUGCCGGGGGAUGUGAGCCGCGGCCUCCCCAAGAGGCCGGGCGGGCUGCACCGGCCCGGGCGCCUCCCGAGGCACGCGCGGGCGAGGGGCACGCCCCGGCCCCGGGCAGCUCGGGUCGCCAUGGGCAUCCAGGGCAUGGAGCUGUGCGCCAUGGCCGUGGUGGUGCUGCUGUUCAUCGCCGUCCUCAAGCAGUUCGGCAUCCUGGAGCCCAUGUCCAUGGAAGAUAGCAGCGACAGUGAGCUGGAGCUGUCCACAGUGCGCCACCAGCCGGAGGGAUUGGACCAGCUGCAGGCACAGACCAAGUUCACCAAGAAGGAGCUGCAGUCCCUCUACAGGGGCUUCAAGAACGAGUGUCCCACAGGCCUGGUGGAUGAAGACACCUUCAAACUCAUUUACUCCCAGUUCUUCCCUCAGGGAGAUGCCACCACUUACGCACACUUCCUCUUCAACGCCUUCGAUGCUGAUGGGAAUGGGGCCAUCCGCUUUGAGGACUUUGUGGUCGGCCUCUCCAUCCUCCUGCGAGGAACAGUCCACGAGAAGCUCAAGUGGGCCUUUAACCUCUACGACAUUAACAAGGACGGCUACAUCACCAAAGAGGAGAUGCUGGCCAUUAUGAAGUCCAUCUAUGACAUGAUGGGCCGCCACACGUACCCUGUCCUGCGGGAGGAUGCACCCCUGGAGCACGUGGAGAGGUUCUUCCAGAAAAUGGACCGGAAUCAGGACGGGGUGGUGACCAUUGAUGAGUUCUUGGAGACCUGUCAGAAGGAUGAGAACAUCAUGAGCUCCAUGCAGCUGUUUGAGAACGUCAUCUAGGCCGUGGCGGGGGGGAGGGGUCCUUGAGUGGCCAGUGCCACCUCUGCCCCCAAAGAAAUCUCAGUCCUGCCGGGAGCAGCUUCUAUGAGAAACUUUUUUUCUAAUAUAUUUGCAAAAAGUG